ACCUCUGUGCGCUCCGGAAGGGGAUCCUCUUGUGUGCAUAAAGUGAAACUACCCAAGCUCUAUAAUGCCACUUUAAUUAAAUUCUUAAAUGCAGCCUCCUUUGUGAAUUGGAGGGACUGGUGCUCUCUUAGGCUGCAGGUCCACCAUAGCACAGUCAAAAAGUUGCCCAGGACAAAAUUGAACCACCUGAGAAUCAGUGCUUUCCCUUUUUUUGUAGUUCAGAAAUUCCCGGCAGAAGAAAUUCCUCAAACCUCUCCAUGCAUCAUUGCAAGAGUCACUUUUGAUACAGAUUUCAAUCCUUUUCAGCCCUUUUUUUUAAGACCCUGGUACUGUGUUCUGGUACCAGGGGAGACAAAACAUCCUCUAGUUUAUGUUUUACAGUCUUGCUUCACUAAGUUUAAGGAAAAAGAAGCUAAGAAAAAAUUAGAAAUCAAAUUUGGUAGUGGUGGGGGUAGUUCUUUCUAAUAUACUGUAUUAACUUAAGAACAAAGUUAAAAUUUCAAAAGAGGCUGGGGAUGGAAGGAACUUCUUUGUUCUAUCUUCUUCAGAAUGUUACAAGUCUUAAGAACUCAGGACAAGCAGCAGAAAUACAUGCAACAUGGUGACUGGAACCCUAAGGACUCUACAAUAUGAAUAAUUCUCUGGAGAACACCAUCUCCUUUGAAGAGUAUAUCCGAGUGAAGGCGCGGUCUGUCCCACAACACAGGAUGAAAGAAUUUCUGGACUCACUAGCCUCUAAGGGGCCAGAAGCCCUUCAGGAGUUCCAGCAGACGGCUACCACUACCAUGGUAUACCAACAGGGUGGGAACUGCAUUUACACAGACAGCACCGAAGUGGCCGGGUCUUUGCUUGAACUUGCCUGUCCAGUUACCACCAGUGUUCAGCCACAAACCCAGCAAGAACAGCAGAUCCAGGUUCAACAGCCACAGCAGGUUCAGGUACAGGUCCAGGUACAGCAGUCUCCGCAGCAGGUUUCAGCCCAGCAGCUCUCCCCACAGCUCACCGUUCACCAGCCUGCUGAGCAGCCCUUCCAGGUCCAGGUGCAGAUCCAAGGCCAAGCACCACAGCCGGCAGCCCCUUCCAUCCAGACCCCAUCUUUGCAGAGCCCCAGUCCUUCACAGCUACAGGCAGCCCAGAUUCAGGUGCAGCACGUGCAGGCAGCCCAGCAGAUCCAAGCUGCAGAGAUCCCAGAGGAGCACAUCCCACAUCAGCAGAUCCAGGCUCAGUUGGUGGCUGGCCAGUCUCUUGCUGGGGGUCAGCAGAUCCAAAUCCAGACCGUGGGUGCCCUUUCCCCACCACCGUCUCAGCAGGGCUCACCGCGGGAAGGGGAGCGACGGGUUGGAACAGCCAGUGUUCUCCAGCCCGUGAAGAAGCGCAAAGUGGACAUGCCCAUCACUGUGUCCUAUGCCAUCUCAGGGCAGCCGGUGGCCACCGUGCUGGCCAUUCCACAGGGCCAGCAGCAGAGUUAUGUAUCUUUGAGGCCAGACUUACUGACAGUGGACAGUGCCCAUCUGUACAGUGCCACUGGGACCAUUACUAGCCCUACAGGAGAAACCUGGACCAUCCCUGUUUACUCUGCCCAGCCCCGGGGGGACCCUCAGCAGCAGAGCAUCACCCACAUUGCCAUUCCCCAGGAAGCCUACAAUGCAGUUCAUGUCAGUGGCUCACCCACGGCCCUGGCUGCGGUAAAGCUGGAGGAUGACAAGGAGAAGAUGGUGGGCACAUCCGUAGUGAAAAACUCCCACGAAGAGGUAGUGCAGACCCUGGCAAACUCUCUCUUUCCAGCACAGUUCAUGAAUGGCAACAUCCACAUUCCAGUGGCUGUGCAGGCUGUGGCAGGCACAUACCAGAAUACAGCUCAGACUGUCCACAUAUGGGACCCUCAGCAGCAGCCACAACAACAGACGCCCCAGGAACAGACGCCGCCGCCGCCACCGCAGCAGCAGCAGCAGCAGCAGCUCCAGGUUACUUGUUCAGCUCAAACUGUCCAAGUUGCUGAAGUUGAACCACAGUCACAGCCACAGCCUUCCCCAGAACUUCUGCUUCCAAAUUCUCUGAAGCCAGAAGAAGGGCUUGAAGUAUGGAAAAACUGGGCUCAGACCAAGAACGCUGAGCUAGAGAAGGAUGCUCAGAACAGACUGGCGCCCAUUGGGAGACGCCAGCUUCUGCGAUUCCAGGAAGAUCUCAUCUCUUCUGCUGUGGCCGAGUUGAAUUAUGGGCUCUGUCUAAUGACACGGGAAGCUCGAAAUGGAGAAGGUGAACCCUAUGAUCCAGAUGUACUCUACUAUAUUUUCCUGUGCAUUCAGAAGUAUCUUUUUGAAAAUGGACGAGUUGAUGACAUCUUCUCUGAUCUUUACUACGUUCGAUUCACGGAGUGGCUACAUGAAGUUCUGAAGGACGUUCAGCCCCGAGUCACUCCACUUGGCUAUGUCCUGCCCAGCCACGUGACUGAGGAGAUGCUGUGGGAGUGCAAGCAGCUCGGGGCUCACUCCCCUUCCACCCUGCUGACCACCCUCAUGUUCUUUAAUACCAAGUACUUCCUGUUGAAGACAGUGGACCAGCACAUGAAGCUGGCCUUCUCCAAGGUCUUGCGACAGACAAAGAAGAACCCCUCCAAUCCUAAAGAUAAAAGCACGAGUAUUCGGUACCUGAAGGCACUGGGGAUACACCAGACUGGCCAGAAAGUUACAGAUGACAUGUAUGCAGAACAAACGGAAAAUCCAGAGAAUCCACUGAGAUGUCCCAUCAAGCUCUAUGAUUUCUACCUCUUUAAAUGUCCCCAGAGUGUGAAAGGCCGGAAUGACACCUUUUACCUGACGCCCGAGCCAGUGGUGGCCCCCAACAGUCCAAUCUGGUACUCGGUCCAGCCUAUCAGCAGAGAGCAGAUGGGACAAAUGCUGACUCGGAUCCUGGUGAUACGAGAAAUUCAGGAGGCCAUUGCAGUGGCCAACGCAAGCACCAUGCACUGAGAUCCCUUAGCCAUGGUGCUAAGGAGAGCGCCCAGGAAAACACAGACAGACUUUCACACUAAAGAAGAGGCCUCCAUUUUUUCUUUUCUUUUUUUAUUGGUGUAGUUAUGAAGUCUUUCAGACUGCUUCUGUUUAAAAUGUAAAAGGAAACUGCCCCCUGUGCAUCUUCAUAAACCUGCUGUGGCAGACUCCUCAGCCCGUGGGGGCCCUACGUUUCCUGAGAGCCAGGUGUCCUAUAAAGUUGCUGGCUGACUUUUUCUUUUUUUGUCUGGGGCCUGGGAAAGGGCUUGGACUGUUUGGAGAAAUGUGGCCCCUUCCCUUCCUCCAGAAAGCUGGAAUUAAUGAUGGAUGGACCCUCCAGGGAAUCUCCCCAGCUGGCUUCCACUCAGACUGGCCGACUUCGCUGACCCCAGGGAAACGGUCUUUUCUUUCAUGCUCAGACGUAAACUUAGCAUCUUAAUGGAAGGAAAAUGAGGGGAACUUCAAUUAUGAUUUAUUAAAGACAAUUUCUAUUACACUCUCCUUUAUGACAAGUGACAUUUUAGAUGUUAAAGUAAAAACUUUACCAUGCCUUUUUUUUUUUGGCCUAACAUUGAGGCCUUAAACCUGAGGCUCCUGUGCCUGAUGGAAUUCUUGUAACAUACACUUGUGUAUCAUAUAAAGAUACCACUCUGUUUCUCUUAUGUAUUCUUAAUCUAGUUGUUUAUUAAGAAUGACAAGCACGUCUUUUCAA